CAGGUGUGGUGUUCUUUCCCAUGCGUUGGGCGCUUCAACAAAAGUUUAAUCUGCCUAUGAUGGGUAUACAUAAGCCCGUUGCAGGGUAUGUUACCAUACUAGAGAAUUUUAGUUUGUGCUGAAAAAAACAGUCAUUGUCUUAGUUCGAUAAGAAGACCCUUGCUAUUGUUUAAGUGCUACUAUAUAAACCCAAAUAUAAUUUUUGGUGUGUGUAGUAAUCGGAUCAUUCUAAGAAGAAAUGUAAUAAUCCUUGAGUUUUUUUUACUAUAAUGAUAUAUUAUAUACAUUUCUUAUCCAAGCGACCCAAAUAUCACACAUAAACCAUAUAUUUUGAGUUAGUGGCACUUCAAAUAUAUACUGUAGCGUCAUCCGAUAUAAUAAUUUUUAUUUUUAAAAUCGCUUUUAAUGGGAAACGUUUUCUUGUGAAAUUUUUGGUCACUCGCAUGCAUGCUCAUGUUUUUUCAAAUUAUGUUUCAAAGUUCAAACCAUUCUAUAUAUUACAAUUAGUUAUAUAUACAAACAUUUUAGAUUCAUAAAUCAUCUAGUGCCGAAAGUUUACGACCUCUUUAAAGCAAUGUCUCCAGACGCUCCUGUAUACCGUGGCAACUGGGCUUUGUUUCAUGACCUGGAUGGGGCUCUUGAUCUCUACACACCAAGUGGGCAUGUGGAACGUAAUGAGGUAAAUAACUUUAAACAAGUUUUGCACUUCAACCUGUAGUAAAAUAACUUGAUGAGCACGAAGUAGCAGAAACGUUUACAUUAAUUUUCUUAACCAGCGCUGCACCGGAAUUGCAGGGCCGCAGGGCCGCAGGGCCGAUUCCUGCCAGGAACUUACAGUAUAGUUGCAUUUUUCGCAGCUGUUCUUGAUUAGAUCCAAUAAAUGUAAUAUACUGUGAAAUAAAAAUCUUGAUAUAGUUUUCUUUCCAUUUUUAAUCUCCUCCCUCUUCUCAGUUCUUGCUAUCCUGCCUAUAUUAAAAACUAUAGUUGCCUUUUCUAUAUAAUCUCCACUGUUGGAAUCCAAAUAUAAUUGAUGUAUGUAUGCAUGGAGCAACCAAACAUGCAGCAAGCAAGUACGAGGGUUGGACAAAAGCGGAACAGCCCCCUCCCCUAUAGAAUGGUAAACCUGGUUCUGUGCCACCAUGUAUGAUGAAAGUGUUAACGAUAGCUAUGUUUUUGCAUGUGGUUGGAAAUAACAAACCAUAUCGAAAUGCACUGUUGGUGACGUUCUCCUUUAUGUACAUAUAUCGCUAGGCAUUCCCUAUAGGGCUCCCCAAAACAAGAAAUAUAUGCCCCCGUUUCGUUGCGUUUGGGAUGAAACACACUCAGGCAUUAAUGAGGAGUUGCAUUCUUGUUAUAGAAGGCUAAAGAGUACGCAUAUCAAGGUGAAAAAACAGGACGCGAUUUAAUGUUUCGUGCUGAGUACCAAACUUUACGUAAGCUGGCAAAAAGUGGUGCUAUCGUGUUUUCCAUCCGUACUUACCAAUUCUACUUGGAGGACUUCAAAACGUACCCUCGUAAUGAAGCAGAAUGCUUGAUUAAAGCAAUUGAAACCGUUCACCCUGAUUUCAUCCCAUACAAAGCCAUGCCAUGUUGGAAAGACGCCUCUCUCAAAUAUCUUAGAGAAAACGUACUUGGCCUGGGAAGGUCUGGUACAAAAUGGAAGGACAUCGCCCUGUUUUUUGGCGGCAGUAUUGCCGUACUAGGCGUGGCACUGCUUGUCGGCUAGAAGUAUAGACAGUUGGUAAAAGUAUAAUCUUGAAUAUAAAUGAAUAUAUAUGGUAAGGCGAGCCGGUGACUAGAAGCCUGCAUUUAUGUGUUCAAUUAUCGUUCAUUAUGUAGGAAAGCAACCCGGUCACUCGCUAUGAAAGUUCGCCAUAAAACUGGACAGGACCAUGAUUACAAUGAAUAAUAUUAUCGACCUGAGUUCCAAACGAUGACUAGAGCACUGAGCAGAACUGCAGAAGGCAACAGUAACAGUCUGAAUAGGAAUUAUAGAACUGCUAUUAUAAUUAUAGGUCAGUUAAACUAUAUAAAUUAAAUUUAGUGUUUAUUCCCAUACUACAAUCAGUGACAAAACACUUUGGACAAAAUAGC